AUGAUCACUGCUAGUGAUGACACCACCUCUGUCAGCCCAACAAAUGGCAGUCUUAACAACAGCAGCCUAAAUGCCACCACUGCCAGCUUUGACAUCACUAUAGCUACUACUGCCAGUGAGAGCACUACAAUAAUCACUGAUCUUGACAACACCACAACUGUCAGCCUCAUAAAUGUCAAUGUCAAUGACACCAGCAGAGAUGCCACCACUGUAACCCUCAACGUUACAGCCAGUUCCACUGCCAGCACCACUAUGAUCACUGCUAGUGUUGAUGCCAUCUCUGUCAGCCCCAUAAAUGGCAGUAUCAACAACAGCAGCCUAAAUGCCACCACUGCAAGCCUUCACAUCACUGCAGCUACUACUGCCAAUGCCAGCACUACAGUAAUCAGUGAUCUUGUCGACACCACAACAGUCAGCCCCAUAAAUGUCAAUGUCAGUGAGACUAGAAUAAAUGCCACCAGUGCAAGCCUCAAUAUUGCUGCCAGUUCCACUGCCAGCACUACCAUAAUCAUUGCUAGUGAUGACACCACCUCUGUCAGCCCCAUAAAUGGCAGUCUUAACAACAGCAGCCUAAAUGCCACCACCACAAACCUUGACAUCACUGCAGCUACUACUGCCAGUGCCAACACCAAAAUAGUCACUGAUUUUGUCAACACCACUACCAUUAGCCCUAUAAAUGUCAGUGUCAAUGACACCAGUAUAAACGUCACCACUGCAAGCCUCAACACUGCUACUACUACUGUGAGUGCUAACAUCACCAUUGACAUUGCUAGCGUUAACACCACCACAGUUAGCCACAUAAAUGACAAUGUCAACAACACCAGCAUAAAUGCCACCACUGCAAGUCUCCAUACCACUGCCGCCCUCACUGUAAGUGCCAAUACCACCAUUAUCACUGCUAUCAUCAACACCACCACUGGCAACACUGUACAGGGCAAUAGCAAUAACACCAGCAUAAAUGCUACGACUGCAAGCUUUGAUGCUGCUACUACUGCCAAUGCCAGCACCACCGUCACUACAGACUUCAACACCCCCACUGUCAGCCUAAUAAAUGCCAGUGUCAACAACAUAAAUAACAAUGUUAAUAACACCAGCAUAACUGCCACCACUGCAAGUCUUAAUACCACUGUCACUACUACUGUCAGUGCCAACACUACCAGCACUGCUAAUGUCAGCACCACUACGGUCAGUCCCGUAAAUGCCUAUAUCAACAAUACCAGCAUAAAUUCCAUCACUGCAAGCCUCGACACCACUGCCAGUGCCAGCACCACCAUUGUUAAGCCUAGCAUUAACAUCACCACUGUCAAUCCUAUAAAUAGCAGUGUCAACAAUACCAGCAUAAAAGCCACCUCUGCAAGCCUCAACACCACUGCCACUACUAUUGCCAGUGCCAACACCACCAUCAUCACAGCAGGUGUCAACACCACCACUGUCAAUCCUAUAAAUAGCAAUGUCAACAACACCAGCAUAAAUGCCACCGCUGCAAGCCUCAACAUCAUUGCCACUACUACUGCCAGUGCCAACACCACCAUCAUCACUGCGAGUGUCAACACCACCACUGUCAGUCCUAUAAAUAGCAUUGUCAAUAACACCAGCAUAAAUGCCACCGCUGCAAGCCUCAACAUCACUGCUACUGCUACUGCCAGUGCCAACACCACCAUCAUCACGGCAGGUGCUAACACCAGCACCGUCAGUCCUAUAAUUAGCAAUGUCAACAACACCAGCAUAAAUGCCACCUCUGCAAGCCUCAACAUCAUUGCCACUACUACUGCCAGUGCCAACACCACCAUCAUCACUGCGAGUGUCAACACCACCACUGUCAGUCCUAUAAAUAGCAUUGUCGAUAACACCAGCAUAAAUGCCACCUCUGCAAGCCUCAACAUCACUGCUACUACUACUGCCAGUGCCAACACCACCAUCAUCACGGCAGGUGCUAACACCAGCACUGUCAGUCCUAUAAUUAGCAAUGUCAACAACACCAGCAUAAAUGCCACCUCUGCAAGCCUCAACAUCAUUGCCACUACUACUGCCAGUGCCAACACCACCAUCAUCACUGCGAGUGUCAACACCACCACUGUCAGUCCUAUAAAUAGCAUUGUCGAUAACACCAGCAUAAAUGCCACCUCUGCAAGCCUCAACAUCACUGCUACUACUACUGCCAGUGCCAACACCACCAUCAUCACGGCAGGUGCUAACACCAGCACUGUCAGUCCUAUAAUUAGCAAUGUCAACAACACCAGCAUAAAUGCCACCUCUGCAAGCCUGAACAUUACUGCCAGUGCCAACACGACCAUCAUAACUACUAGUUUCAGCCCCACCACUGUCAGCCCCACAAAUGGCAAUGUUGGCAACACUGCCAGCCACACAAACACCACAACCGCAAGCCUCGACACCACUGCAGGUUUCAACACCACUGCCAGUGCCAGCUUCACCAUAAUCACAGCUAGUGUCAACACCACCACUGUAAACACUCUAAAUGGAAAUAUCAACAACACAGUCACUAAUAAUGACUCCACUGCUUUAACCACCACCCCUACUACUGCCAGUACCACUGUCAUCAGUUACAGUGCCAUGACCACUGUCAGUAUCAGCGAAGUACAUAACACCAGCAUCACUGAAACCACUGCCAGCGUCCCUACCAACUAUGAAACUAUAACAGCCACCACUGUCAACACCACUGUCACUAUCAGCACUGGUUCCACGACCAUUGCUAGUUUCAACAUCACCACCCCAACUGGAAUUGCAUCUUCUGCCAAUUUUGGCCUCAGUACCACUACUGCCAUCACUAACAGAGCUACCACAGCAGCAAAAAAUGCUUGUCAAGGUGUAGACAGUCAUCUGCUUGAGACUCAGCUCUUGUCAGGAAGUCUCUCUGCAGUGCUCUGCAACUUCAGUAUCGCUGACUAUGCCUGUUCAUCAGUUGCUGCUCUGUCCUCCAAUGAUCUGACCACACUUCUCACAUGCAAAUUACGAAAGCAACAUGGUCUACUCCAAAGAAAUUUGGACGCUCUUCUUCCAGAGAUUUUCAGUGUCUUUGGACGAAGCACUGGAUAAGUGCUCCAGCAUGACCUUUAACACGGGUCUUCCUGACCCAUAUGUCCUCGAUGCAAUCGGUGAAGUGAAAAUCAACAACUUCAGUGCUGCACAGCUUAUAGAUACCACUUUCAUCACCAAGUGGUUCCAGAUGAGGCUCAGACCAUUUUUGUCAUCAGUGUCUGCAGACUUCCUUUCCAGUCUCAGUUCCAAGAAGUU